GCGUAUUAAAACCGGAGGGAUCUCGGGGCAAGCGCUCAGUUCCGACUGGAUCGUCACUUUCAAGACAAUUUUAUCACGAGUAUUAUUUUGCGCAAAGACCAGAGUCUUUGCUUGGCACUGGAGUUUUUCACACAUUGAAAAUUAUUUUCAACGGUAGAAAAAUCUAUUCUCUGGGUGUGGGCGUUCCCUGACACGGUACAGCUCUUACCCCAUUGAACCAGAUUGAUUUUUCAUUAUUUUUCGGGGGUGAAUUUGGAAUUGAAAUUAAUACGAGACAAUCAUGUUCACCAUCAUGACGUAUCGCGCUGCGCAACAGCCUGUCCCGUGGCCCGACCACAACAGCCAUAAUUCUCGACCCAUCCGAGAAGCUACGACCGGAGGCCGUGUAUGCGGGAAAAUCGGAGAGUCAGUUCAGAGAUUACUCCGUAGACCCCAGCGACCCAAUUAAAGAGCGGGUCAGAAAGACGUAUCAAAAUAUGCAUACAUACCAGACCGUCGAUUUUGUUCGCUCUCGAAUGGAUUACUGGUUGAAGUUUGAUAAGUUCAGGAUGACCAUCAAAGAGGCCCUGAAUAAGUUGAAUGACCUCGUGGACGAGAGUGAUCCCGAUACAUCGAUGCCAAAUAUUUUUCACGCCUUCCAGACCGCUGAGUCCAUCCGCAAGGCGCAUCCAGAUUUGGACUGGUUCCAUCUCACCGGUCUCAUUCAUGACCUUGGAAAGGUGAUGGCGUUUUUUGGAGAACCCCAAUGGGCUGUGGUUGGAGAUACCUUUCCAGUUGGCUGCGCUUGGGCGGACUCGAUUGUUUACCGUGAUACAAGCUUUGAUAACAAUCCCGAUGGCCAAGAUAAACGAUUCAACACCAAAUACGGUAUGUACAAGCCAAAAUGUGGGGUGAACAACUUGAUGAUGUCAUGGGGCCACGACGAGUAUUUGUACCGAGUACUCAUUCACAACAAAUCAACCCUUCCCCCAGAAGGCCUAGCAAUGAUUCGUUUCCACUCAUUCUACCCCUGGCACGCGAGCGGAGAUUAUUCUCACUUCUGCACAGAUGAGGACAAUGAAAACUUGAAAUGGAUUAGGGAAAUGAAUGCACAUGAUCUCUACACGAAAAGUGAAAAUGUACCGAAAAUUGAUGAGCUAUGGCCCUACUACGAGAAACUCAUCGACAAAUACAUCCCAGGGAUUCUUGAAUGGUGAACAACGAAGUCAACUAGUUCAGAAUUUUGUAAUUUUCCAAAGAUCUACAUGUAUUCUAGGAGAGAAUAUACUCUAGAAAUCUGAAGAAUUAAUUUUUUCGUAUAAUUAUAUCAAUAAGCAAAGAAAUGUCCGAUCUCGACUCUUUCACUUCACAUCUAUUAGUAAUUUUAUAGUUAAUAAAUCAAUAUUUUUCUAA